GUUCGCUUGAAAGGUAUUGAAUAUUCUACUUCCACUUACAGGUGGCAUAUACGAGCGUGGCGUUGCUCAGGUAUUUAGUGCCUCGUUGUAAUUAUCUCCAAUCCACAUGUUUAUUCAUCCAUAUGUUAUUUAGUCCUGUCGAUACCCCUACAUUGUCGCUGAUACGAAGUCAAGCUCAAUUGUGAUAAUUUUGUGAAUGUUUCGUGUGAUUUCACAUGUGCAUGCGAGUCUCCCCAACUGAUUCCGGUAAUAGCGGAAUCUUAUUCGUUGGAUUCAAUCAGGAUUAUGGUUGUUUUGCAGUCGGUAUGCAAAAUGGAUUUCGGAUUUUUAAUUCUGAUCCUUUAAAACAACUGCAACGUUAUGAAUUUGAUAUCCGAGACGGCACCGGUGUGGGAUAUAUUGAGAUGUUGUUUCGUACAAACUUGCUGGGUAUAUUGGGUGGUGGUAAUCAUUCACGCUUGUCAAGCAAUGUAGCUUGUUUAUGGGAUGGAUUAAAACAACAAUUCCUUUUGGAAAUCACUUGUGCAACAGAUGUUCGAGGUGUUCGUCUGAGACAUGAUCGAAUAAUAGUAGUUCUUGUAAAUGCAAUCAAAGUCUACACUUUCAGUCCAUCUCCUCAAUUGGUUUUUGAAUCGAAGACAUGUUCAAAUCCUUUAGGAUUAUGCUAUGUUUGUCAAAGUGUUGAUAAUCCUUUGGUUGUGUUUCCUGGACGACGACCUGGAGCUGUAUUACUUGUACAUAUUGGAAAUAUUGGCAGUAGUGUUAAUGUGAAUAGUAGUAAUGUCAGUGGGAGUAGUACUACUAACAUUGCCAGCAGUGGAAGUAGUAGCAGCAGUAGCACCAGUACUACCAAUAAUAGUACUACAAACAUCGGAGGUAAUAAUAAUAUUGGAAGCUCAAGUACAAUUCCUAUUAGCGCUAUAUGUCCUUCAUCUACAAAUGCAACAAAUAUGCCUCCAAGACAAAUAAUAGCACAUGAAAAUCCACUUGCUUCAAUUAGCUUAAAUCGUGAUGGAUAUUUACUUGCUACAGCAUCACAGAAGGGCACUUUAAUUCGUGUCUUCUCUACCAAAGAUUGUAGUUUACUUCAUGAAUUACGACGUGGAACUAGUCAAGCUACAAUUACCUCGUUAUCAUUUAAUAAAGAUAGUGAAUUAUUAUGCGUUACUAGUGAACGUGGUACUGCGCAUAUAUUUUGUCUUACAAAAGAUACAUCAUGUAAUCCUCGUAAUAUGCCAACCGGGAGUAAUAGUCCUCGUUUCAUGAAACCUCCAGGAUCUGGAUCUUUAAGAACCAAGUAUUCUUUUCGUCAUUGGUCGGAUGAUUUGUGCAACAGGCCCACAGAUUCCUACAUCAAAAUGCUCACAUACUGCGUGAUAUGUUUUACGUUUCGACCUUAUGGUAUUGACAAUUGAAAUCUGAAAGGGAAUUGGAAUUAUGCUGAAUUUUAAACCAAUGAACCAGUAACUCAAGGGUUAUUAGUUCGAAUCCCGCUGUGUAUAGGGAUUUCUUCAAUUUUCAGUUAUCAUGCUGCUGUAUAGAAACCAAUUAAUUUUUUCCAGGUAAAGCUAUUUCAGAUAGUCUUUUUAAUAUUUAUUCUCUUUCAAAACUAGUUUAUUAGUGUUUUUGCUAUUGAAAACCCUUCACUUUCAGUUCAGGUAAGCUCUUUCCACGUUCUCUAUUUUCUACUACAAGCCAUGUGCGAUGUGUUUUGGAAACUAAAUUCAAAGCAAUAUGCGCCUUCAGUGUCGUCAGUCCUGAUACACUAAUAGUCCUAGCUGCAGAUGGAUCCUACUAUAAGUAUACCUUUACAGCGAAUGGUACAGUAACACGUGUAACAUAUGUCAAUUUUCUUGAUUUCUAUGAUGAUGAAACAGAUUUUUGAUUACUUUCUCAACAAUUUGUUCAUCCACCUUAACCUUGUUCCACCUGGAUGCCUUCUUCUGCUGAUGGUUAUCCAGUUCAUUUCAUCAGCUGAUACAUCAGUGUCAGUCACCUCUUCCAUUUUUGUUGAUGUUUUCGGGGGAAAAAAUUUGGAUUCAAUUUUUGUUACUUUUGGGUGUGUGUGUGUGUGUGUGCAUGGGUCUGUGUAAGUUAUUUACCUUUUUGACUUUCUUAUCACUGUCUCUCGAUGUUGAUGGUGAUGACUAACUGGAAAUUUCUUGAGUUAUUUCUUUUUGAUUCUCUGCUAAUUUUUAGUUUUUUUUUGUAAUUCCUUUUCUUUUCUAUCAUUUCCUUUUUAAUGGGGUGUUCACUUAUUCAAUGAAAGUUCAAUGUAAUCAUCAUAAUUAUUAAAUGUGUAUGCAAUUAUGUACUAUGUGUAUAUGAUUGGGUGUUGUUCAUUGACAAUUGGUUCACAAGUAGUCCAAUACAACAGAAUUGUGGUAAUUUCAAUGAAAUAUUUAACUGGAAUGUUUAGAAAUGAUCACCUGUUUUUGAUUAUUGUUAUAUGGAAUACAGAUAUAUUUGAAAAGUUUCAUAUGAUAUAAAUAAUGCUUUAUUUCA